UCCACAAACUCAUCACUUCCAUCUUCCUCUAAACCAAAUUAACUCACCUUAAUUACAAUGCUUUAUCAUAAUCAUGCACCUUUACACAUAAUUAAAUUAAAUAUGCCUAAAAAAAUCUCACCUUUUUAGCGGGUCAUCUUCCUCCCCCUUCAAGCACCAGUCAAUCAUGGCAAAACUGCCAUGGACAAACCUUGAAUGUAACGGUCCAAUCAAGCGACGCCAUCCAAAACCCAACCACGCGGAUCUUCUUUCCGAAAUCAAUUAUAUAUUUUAAUUAUAAUAAAUGUCAUACAAGCAAAUAAAAAUUAAUUCUUUUAUAUUUUUAAUGUGUAGAUUCUUUUCACCUUCUACUGUGGAUCCCCGCACUUCAAGUCCUUCACUCUGCACUAUUUAUUUUGUAAAUAGUUGUUCUGUUUUUGGAAAUCUAGCUAGCUUUCAACUUUUUCUACAUUUAUUUUUUCUUUUCAGCUUUCUCUGCCUAGGAGGCUAAGACUAGUCACCAUUUACUUCAAGUUAGAGUCACUCACAGAUAGAAAGCUCUUGUUUAUUUCUUUAUUUUCUACUUGCCCUUCUUUAGAGUUCUUCUUAAUCUAUUCUUGGUCGUGGGUAAUGGGUUCUUUUCAUGAUUUUUUUUUUUUUUUUAGGCUUGGAAAGUUGAUUUGAAUAUAAAUAUAUGAUUAGCUGUUGAUUCAAGAAUGCAGAUUGAUAGUAAGUUUGCUGUAGAGGCCUGAGGUCUGUGUUCUUUUAACUUGGACAGCUUUUUCGAAUCUCCUUUGACCUUUACUUUCUUGUAAAGUUUGAUUCUUGAUUUUGUUUUAGUUAGUACUGUAGAGCUGAAGGAAUCAGUGUGUUUUUGUUUUUAGAUUUUUGGUUAUAGAAGCUAAGACAUGUCAAAGCUAUUUAUUUAGAGAUAGAAAAAGUAGAAAAGAAUGAAGUUUAUGAAGAUUGAGGCUGAUGGAUUUGUUAGAUCUUGAAAAUGUUGGAUUAUGAAUAGUAGAAUAUUGGUUUUAUGAUAUUUGAUGAUUUGUGUUUCUUUGUCGAGUUUUCUUGAGGUGAGUUAGAAAAGUAAGUAUGGGGAUAUAGGAAUAUGCUAUUUGUCUUUUCUUCUUUGUUUGUUGUUGUUUCUAUGAAUAAAUUAGAGAAAUAGCUACUUGGGUGCAAUGUUAAGGGUUUUAUUUCUUGGAUUUUUUAUUUAUAACCUUGGCAUCUAUGUUUGUGCCACUGAUAAUGAGUACCCAAGUCGUAAUUGUGAUGAUGAGGGUCAUUGGAGUAUACAAACAAUUCUUGAUUUUCAGAAAGGGAGUGAUUGCUUGAUAGCAAUAGCUUAUUUUUCAAUACCGAUUGAACUCCUUUACUUUGUUAGCUUUGCAAAUGUACCAUUCAAAUGGGUCCUCUCAUUGUUUAUAGCAUUUAUUGUCCUUUGUGGAUUGACCCAUUUACUCAAUGCCUUGACUUUGUAUGGCCCUCAUUCGUUCCAGUUAAUGCUGUUUCUCACAAUUGCUAAAUUCCUUACUGCCCUGGUAUCUUGUGCAACUGCUAUAACCCUUUUGACUUUGAUCCCUCUCCUUUUGAAAUGGAAAGUGAGGGAGUUAUUUUUGAAGCAAAAUGUGAUGAAAUUAGGGCAAGAAGUUGGGAUGAUGAAGAAGCAGAAGGAAGCAAGUUGGCAUGUUCGGAUGCUAACUCGAGAAAUUAGAAAGUCACUUGAUAAGCAUACUAUAUUGUACACCACUCUGGUGGAGCUUUCGAAUACCUUGGAUUUACAUAAUUGUGUGGUUUGGAUGCCUAGUGAGAAUAGAACGAAGAUGAACCUCACCCAUAAGUUAAGAGCAAGAUCUUCAAAUAAUUUUCACCCUUCUAUCCCAAUUAAUGAUCCUGAUGUGCUGAAGAUAACAGAGAGCAAAGGGGUCUGCAUUUUGAGGACAGAUUCAGCACUUGGGCUUGCUAGUCGUGGUGGUUCUGAUAAUUCAGGUGCUGUGGCUGCAAUCCGGAUGCCAAUGCUUUGUGUUUCAAACUUCAAAGGGGGAACACCAGAGUUAAUUGAUACUUGUUAUACUAUACUUGUUUUGCUUCUUCCAAGUGCAGAUUCGAGGGUUUGGAGUGUUGAGGAAAUGGAAAUAGUGGAAGUUGUUGCUGAUCAGGUAGCUGUAGCUCUUUCCCAUGCUUCAGUUCUCAAAGAAUCUCAGCUCAUGAGGGAGAAACUAGGUGAACAGAAUCGUGCAUUGCAGCAGGCUAAGGAGAAUGCACUGAUGGCAAGCCAGGCAAGAAUUUCCUUUCAGAAGGUGAUGAGUUGUGGGAUGAGGAGACCAAUGUACUCUAUUUUGGGCCUGCUUUCAAUGUUUCACAAUAACAAAAUGAGCUUUGAGCAGACAAGUAUUGUUGAAACCUUGGUUAAAACCAUUAAUGUGCUCUCAACUUUGAUAAACGAUGUGAUGGAUAUUUCAGCUAACGAUGAUGGAAGGGUCCCAUUAGAGAAAAGGCCUUUUCGGUUACAUUCCAUGCUUACGGAAGCUUCUUGUCUUUUCAGAUGCUUGUCCAUCUAUAAAGGCUUUGGUUUUGGACUAGAUGUUCAAAGCUCCUUGCCUGAUCAGGUUAUAGGUGAUGAGAAAAGAACUUUUCAAGUGAUUCUGCAUAUGGUAGGGUAUCUAUUCAGCAUCUAUGCGGGAGGGGGAACUGUUAUUUUUCGGGUGUUCUCAGAGAGUGGUAGUGAGGACAAGAAUGAGAAAAAGUUAAUAAUGAGGAGACCAAGCAUACCAGAUGACUCUGUGUAUUUAAAGUUUGAACUUGAGGUUAAAGAGGAUAAUUCUAAAUCUGAUGGAUCAAACUCUAUCAAACUUUUGCCUGGCUGGGGGCAGAAUAGUAAUGAAAUUAAGGAGCGCUUGAGCUUCAACAUGUGCAAAAAGCUUGUGAAGCUGAUGCAAGGUAAUAUAUGGAUAUCAUCAGAUCCUCAGGGCUUUCCACAAAGGAUGACACUAGUUCUGAGGUUUCAAAUCCAAGCAUCAUUUGGAAGAUCCAUAAUUGCUCAUGGAAAUUCCUCAGAGCAACCAAGUUCUUAUCCUCAGUUCAAAGGCCUCCGGCUAAUUCUAGCUGGCGAUGAUGAUGUAAACAGGACCGUGACUAAGAAGCUGCUUGAGAAGCUAGGUUGUGAUGUAAUUGCUGUUUCAUCUGGGUUUGAAUGCCUUAGUGCACUUACUGUAGCUGAAAAUUCUUUUAGAGUUGUUGUUUUGGACCUUCAUAUGCCUGAAAUGGAUGGAUUCGAAGUAGCAAUGAGAAUCCGGAACUUCCGAAGGCGUAGUUGGCCAUUGAUUAUAGCCCUGACUGCAAGUGCCAAGGACCAUCUGUGGGAGAGAUGCUUGCAAGGAGGAAUGAAUGGAGUCAUUCGAAAACCUGUCCUCUUACGUGGGAUGGCAGAUGAACUUCAAAGAGUUCUGCAACAAGCUGGGGAAAGGUUAUGAAGAGGAAGAUUAAAAAUUUUCUUUCCUCGAGAGUGUUCCUUCACUCAGCGCACCUACAAAAGCUCAGCAUAGGAAUGUUAAAGUAAGCUUUCACAGCAUCUGGCAUACAAGAUUUUACCUAUUAAAUUUUGCUAACCAGUUGGUUCAGUAUGCAGCGCUGCCAGAACCACUUAGAAAGGAUUAUACCAUGAUGUGAAAAAAAACUCACAAGCUCAAACUGAUAGUAAGGAACUUAAGUAAGAAUUUCACAAAAUUUAAAUUAUACAUGCUAGAAAUCUUUCUUUACUGGA